UACGACCAACCUUAGCUACGCGGGGUUUUGAUUUUGUUUGUUGUUCGUGACCUAUGGAAGAUCCAUCAUUACAAAUCCAUUUUAAAGGACACAAAGACUCCAUCACAUGUGUCGACUUCAACCCAACUGGAAAGCAGCUAGCUUCUUGCUCUAUGGAUGCAUGUUUAAUGAUUUGGAACAUUAAGCCACAGACGCGAGCAUAUAAGUUUAGUGGCCACAAAGACGCUAUAUUCUGCGUUCGAUUCUCACCGACUGGUGAACUUAUACUAACUGCUUCUAGGGAUAAGACAGUAAAAUUAUGGAUUCCGAGCAUAAAAGGAGAGUCCAUCACCUUUCGCGCCCAUACUGCAGCAGUUCGGUGGGUUGAUGUGUCCGCUGAUGACUCAAGGAUGUGUACAGCUUCAUCAGACAAGUCGGUAAAAGUUUGGAGUUUACAUAGACAAAAGUUCUUGUUCUCUUUAAACCAACAUGUGAAUUGGGUGAGGUGCUGUCGUUUUUCACCUGACUCACGCCUUAUCAUAUCUUCAUCAGAUGAUAAAACUAUUAAGUUAUGGGACACUGAGACGCAAGGUUGUGUACAUACCUUCCAAGAAGCUGGUGGCUUUGCUUCACAUCUGGACUUUCACCCGAAUGGGAACUGCUUUGCAUCGGGAAGUACGAAUUGCACAGUUAAGCUUUGGGACUUAAGGAUGAACCGUCUACUUCAACAUUAUGAUGAUCAUACCGGUCCAGUACAUAAAGUUGCUUGUCAUCCCAAUGGUCAUGUUCUGCUCUCUGCAUCUGAAGACUCAACACUGAAAAUAUUUGACCUCCUUGAGGGUCGUCCACUUUUUACACUUCAGGGACACCAGGGACCUAUUACUGCAGCAGCAUUUUCUGCGUCUGGUGAUCAUUUUGCAUCUGGUGGGAGUGAUGAACAGGUGUUUUUAUGGCGCACGAAUGGGUGUGCUAGAAUGACUACUAAUAUUCCAGACAAUAGUUCACAUCCAAUUCACACAACUUCUAAUCCUGAUGGUUCCAUAUCUCGGGACAAAUCUAUUCAAAUUAAUAGUCAUCUAAUAUGUCCUAAAUCUGAUCCUCAAGUAACGUCAAGUGAAGUGCAUGAAAAAGCGGAAAAACCAUCAUUCGCUACUUCUGAAGCUGCUGUCGACUUUCAUGAAACUACUAACAGUGGAGCACAGAACCCGACUACUUCAGUUAAGUGUCAUUUUCCGCCUGAUUUCCGUACCCACUCUGGUGCUAUCUCAUCAAUGACUUUACCAUUAACGUCAAAUAUGAAUUUUCUACAAGCUAAUUCGAAAACAGCAAGUGGUCUAGAAAGUGAACGCCAAAAUGUCCCACCACCACUAUCUACAACACUUGAACAUAUUGUUUCACAACUAGAUAUUUUAACUCAGGUACUAUCAAUUUUACAUAGUGAUUUUAAUAAACUCUUGUUUUUCAGUCUAAAGUAUUGUUCAGUAAGCGAUACUGAUUUGUAUGUCGUUGCUAUCCCAUGAUUUGGAGGAGGAGAACCAUUUACUUAUAAAACUAAGGGGUUUUCAUGCUAAGGAUUGUACGCUCUUCAUACUUUACUUUAUAUAACUAAAUUCCCAAAUACUUUUUCCUAACAAUUAAAAAACUGGUAAAUCUAGAUAGCUGUAUGAGUGUUACCGGGUGCAUGACUGAGAAAGGUCCUAUCAGUAUAGCAAAAACCAGAUUGGUUAGCGCCUAUCUUACACACCUUACCUUGCUAAAUGUCAGGUAUGUACUGCUUAAGUGGGAGAAGUUUCAUCCUGCACUUAUGACUUAGUUUAUUGAGGAUAGUAGUUAACCACCCACUGUAUUUUUUUCAGAAUUGUUAUCGUAUGUUACAAUUUACUCAGAGGAUGCUUUAUUUGAGUACUAAUCCAAACUUACUUUUAUAAAAGAUGUAAAAAACUAAAGCAGGAUUAUCACUGACUUCUGUUUUGAACAAUAUAUGAUAACAUCUCAAACCAUUGAGUUGCACGAUCUGUAGGAUCACAAACCAAAAAUCGUGGUGGACCAACAGGUAUCAGUUCUGUGUGCCACCUUCCAUACUACAGUGACAUGUCAUAAACUGACUACCUCUCUUCCGUUCCACCUAGUUUUAGCAUCUGCGAAUAAUGCGUAAUGUGAAAGCCACUGUAGUGAGAUUCACAAAAUAUUUCAAACCCACUUGUUGAGGAUAUGCAAUCCUCAAAUAAAGCUUUUGCGAAAGGCAACCAAUGUCGAUGAUUUUCGUUAUAGCAAAUUAUUUUGUGUGAAAUUGGCUUAUAUAUUUUUAACAAAUCUUAGUAUUUUUUGUUUGCUGACAAGUACUCAGUCCAUAAUUUCUUAUCACCGUAAUUGAUGUGUAGUCAAUUAACUAAAAUACAUUUCCGAUUGAUACACUGAGGUCACCGAUGUGCGUCACAACCAUAAGGUAGUUGUAAUGGUAAGUAUAAGUAAUUGGAUUGACCAUUUAUAAGGUUUUGUUGAAUCCUUAACUUCCUUACUUACGCCUAUUACUCCUCGUGGAGGAGCAUAGACCGCUCACUAGCAUUCUCCAUCCAACUCUGUUGUGGGCAAU